CCUCACCCAACCAGCAAACCCCUCUGGGAAGAAUGGCUGCCACACCCUUCGGCGCCCCAAUGCGCCAACACUUCCUCCUCGACCCGAGCUAUCGCAACCUCAACCACGGCUCCUUCGGCACCCCCCCGUCCCCCGUCCUCACCACCCAACAGACCCUCCAGCGCCUCGCCGAAUCCGCCCCCGACGAAUUCCUCCGCUACACGCAACCCACCGCCCUGCGCACCGCGCGCCACGCCCUCGCCCGUCUCCUCCACUGUCCCCCGCAGGACCUCGUGACCGUCAAAAACGCCACCACGGGCGUCGCCACCGUGCUGCACAACCUGGCCCCCCAUUUUGCCCCGGGCGACACGCUCCUCUACUUCUCGACCAUCUACGGCGCCGUCGAGAACGGGCUGUUCGCGCUGCGCGACCACCUCCCGGCCACGCACCUGCGGCUGCGGAAGAUCCCGUAUGCGUUUCCGAUCUCCCCGCCCGAGCUGGUGCAGCGGUUCCGGGAGACGAUCCGGGCGGUGCGGGCGGAGGGGGCCACGCCGCGGAUCGCGGUGCUGGAGACGGUGGUCAGUCUGCCGGGCGUCCGGUUUCCGUUCGAGUGGCUGGUGCGGGUGUGUCGGGAGGAGGGGGUGUGGAGUCUGGUGGAUGCGGCGCAUGGGGUGGGGAUGAUUCCUCUGGAUUUGGGGGUGGCGUUUACGGGGGAGGAUCCGGGGGAGGGGGAGGGGGAGGAUGAAUGGAUGGGCAAGGUCGGGGGCGUGGACUUUCUCACGAGUAAUCUGCAUAAAUGGCUCUACACCCCGCGCAGCGCGGCCAUCCUCUACGUCAGCCCGGCCCGGCAACCGCUCAUGCGCACCACCCUCCCCACCUCCUGGGGCUACAUCCCGGCGCCGGCGGAAACGCCCCCGAGACCGUCGGUGAUGGCCACGCCCGGCGCGGACCAGACGGCGUUCGAGGCGCUGUUCGAGUUCGUCGCCACCGCCGACGACACGCCGUACCUCUGCGCGCCGGCGGCGCUGCAGUUCCGGGCCGCGGUGUGCGGCGGCGAGCGCGCGAUCUACGCCUACCUCGAGGCGCUGGCGAACGCGGGCGCGGAUCUGGUGGCGCGCGGGCUGGGGACGGAGGUGUUGGGGGAUUCUCCUGGCCCGCAAAGGAGCGCGUGGAGGCGGUGUGCGAUGAAUAAUGUGCGGUUGCCGGUGAGGGUGGUGCAGGGCCCGGAAGGAGGGGAAGGGAACAAGGCAGGGCUGCGGGCGGAGAUGGUCCCCGUCGUGGUGGAUUGGAUGCAGAGGAGGCUCGUCGAGGAGUACCGCACGUUCGUGCCGGUCUUUGCCCAUGCCGGGUGGUUGUGGGUGCGGCUGUCGGCGCAGGUCUACCUCGACCGCAGCGAUUUCGAGUGGUUGGUCCCCGUGCUGAAGGAGUUGGUCGGUCGUGUCACGGAGGAGUUUAAGCUGGGGAAGGUGUCGCCGCACCUGUAGCGGCAGAUGCACGAGACACACCUACGUAGACUAAGCUCAGACGCGGUAGCUAUCCACCAACAAAUUCUGCAAUGAUAUACAACUACGCGAAUAUAUGCAGGCCGUAGGAACAGCAUCACAGCAAAGAC